CAGCUGCCGCUGCUAUUUGACUGAGGAACGAUUAUUUUGUUCACACAGAGCUGGUGGAGCGUCGUCAAUGGGAAGAGAACGCGGUGGUGGAAAAGCGCAUUCUAUCUAACUUCCAGUGGCACGAUGGUUUCGACUUCAGUUCUGUGUUUGUGGACUAUAUUUUGCCUUCAUUUAUGUUGUUAUGUGAACACUGGAAUAGCACAGAAUUCGAGAGAAGUGACUCUACUGGAUUCUAAGGCGCAACAAACAGAGCUGGAAUGGAUUUCCUCUCCUCCGAGUGGGUGGGAGGAGAUCAGCGGCUUGGAUGAGAACUACACUCCCAUCCGUACUUACCAAGUGUGCCAGGUCAUGGAGCCAAAUCAGAAUAACUGGCUUCGGACUAACUGGAUAGAAAAGGGGGAUGCCCAGAGGAUUUUUGUAGAACUGAAGUUCACCUUGAGGGAUUGUAACAGCCUACCAGGUGUGGUGGGGACGUGCAAGGAGACAUUCAACUUGUAUUACCAGGAAACUGACACAGAGGUUGGGAGGAACAUACGUGAGAGUCACUAUGUGAAAAUCGACACUAUCGCAGCAGAUGAAAGCUUCACCCAGGGGGACCUUGGUGAAAGGAAGAUGAAGCUGAAUACCGAAGUGCGUAUAAUUGGCCCCCUGUCCCGACGAGGGUUUUACCUGGCCUUUCAGGAUGUAGGGGCCUGCAUCGCCCUGGUCUCUGUCAAAGUGUAUUACAAAAAGUGUUGGUCGAUCAUUGAGAAUUUGGCGACGUUCCCGGACACUGUGACUGGAUCAGAGUUCUCGUCCCUAGUCGAGGUGGAGGGGACGUGUGUGAGUGAUGCAGAGGAAGAGGCGGAAAACUCUCCCAAAAUGCACUGCAGUGCAGAAGGAGAAUGGCUGGUGCCCAUUGGGAAAUGUAUAUGCAAAGCGGGGUUCCACCAGAAGGGCGACGCAUGUGAACCCUGCGGGCGCGGGUUCUACAAGUCUUCCUCCCAGGACCUGCAGUGCUCGCGCUGCCCGGCGCACAGCUACAACGACCGGGAGGGAUCGUGGCGCUGCGACUGCGAGGACGGCUACUACAGGGCUCUGUCUGACCCGCCGUCUGUGGCCUGCACCAGGCCCCCCUCUGCUCCUCAGAACCUGGUCUACAACAUCAACCAGACUACGGUGAGCCUGGAGUGGAGUCCCCCAGCGGACGCGGGCGGCCGCAACGACGUCACGUACAGGAUUAUAUGCCGGCGCUGCAGCUGGGAGCCGGAGGAGUGCGUGGCGUGCAGCGGCAACGUGGGCUUCUCGCCCCAGCAGUCUGGAUUAGGGGACACCUACGUCACCAUCAGCGACCUGCUGGCCCACGCCAACUACACCUUCGAGGUGGAGGCCGUCAACGGCGUGUCCGACCUCAGCCGCACCCAGAGGCUCUUCGCUGCAGUCAGCAUCACCACCAGCCAAGCAGCCCCGUCUCAGGUCAGCGAGGUCAUGCGGCAGAGCGUGCAGCAGCGCAGCAUCCAGCUCUCCUGGCACGAGCCCCAGCAGCCCAACGGCGUCAUCACAGAGUACGAGAUCAAGUACUACGAGAAGGAUCAGAAGGAUCACAUCUACUCCACUGUGAAAUCCAAGUCAACAUCGACUACAGUAAACAACCUGAAGCCGAGCACGGCGUACGUCUUUCAGAUCCGGGCGUUCACCGCCGCGGGUUACGGCACCUUCGGGCCCCGGCUCGAGGUCACCACUAAAGAAGAGCCAGCAGCCACCAUUGUCUCCAGUGAGCAGAACCCCGUCAUCAUCAUCGCCGUGGUGGCCGUGGCGGGAACCAUCAUCCUGGUGUUCAUGGUGUUCGGCUUCAUCAUUGGGAGAAGGUACGCUAUCGCGGGCCCCACUGGCUCUCCGCUGCUGCAUUGUGGCUACAGCAAGGCCGACCAGGAAGGAGACGAGGAGCUCUACUUCCAAUUUAAAUUUCCAGGCACCAAAACAUACAUUGACCCUGAAACCUACGAGGACCCGAACAGGGCUGUCCAUCAGUUUGCCAAGGAGUUGGACGCAUCCUGCAUUAAGAUUGAGCGCGUGAUCGGAGCAGGGGAGUUUGGAGAGGUGUGUAGCGGCCGCAUUAAGUUGCCAGGGAAACGGGAUUCGCCAGUAGCCAUUAAAACCCUGAAGGUGGGCUACACUGAGAAGCAGAGGCGGGACUUCCUGUGCGAGGCCAGCAUCAUGGGCCAGUUUGACCACCCCAAUGUGGUUCAUCUGGAGGGGGUGGUGACCCGAGGAAAGCCCGUCAUGAUUGUGAUUGAAUACAUGGAAAAUGGCUCAUUAGACGGCUUCCUUAGGAAACAUGACGGUCAGUUCACCGUCAUCCAGUUGGUGGGGAUGCUGCGAGGCAUCGCAGCGGGGAUGAGAUACCUCUCUGAUAUGGGCUAUGUCCAUCGAGAUCUGGCAGCGCGCAACAUCCUUGUCAACAGCAAUCUCGUAUGUAAAGUGUCUGACUUUGGCCUGUCAAGAGUGAUAGACGACGAUCCCGAGGCUGUCUACACAACAGCGGGGAAGAUGCAGGAUAUAAUGAAUUUGAUCUUUACUCCUGCCACUGACCUGCAUUUUACUGAACAGGGUGGGAAAAUACCAGUUCGGUGGACAGCCACGGAAGCCAUCCAGUACCGUAAAUUCACAUCAGCUAGCGAUGUGUGGAGUUACGGCAUUGUGAUGUGGGAGGUCAUGUCCUAUGGGGAGAGGCCUUACUGGGACAUGUCCAAUCAAGAUGUUAUAAAGGCAAUUGAGGAGGGCUACCGCCUGCCCGCUCCCAUGGAUUGCCCACCAGGCCUACAUCAGCUAAUGCUUGACUGCUGGCAGAAGGACCGGGCAGAUCGACCCAAAUUCGAUCAAAUCGUUGGCAUCCUUGAUAAAAUGAUUCGCAAUCCUACUACUUUAAAGACUCCAAUGGGAACGUGUACGAGACCCAUCAGUCCCCUGUUGGAUCAGAGCACACCAGACUUCACCACUUUUCGCUCGGUGGGAGACUGGUUGGAAGCCAUUAAGAUGGAGAGAUACAAAGACAACUUCACAGCUGCUGGCUACAGCUCGCUGGAAUCGGUGGCAAGGAUGACGAUUGAGGAUGUGAUGAGCUUGGGAAUCACUUUAGUGGGCCAUCAGAAGAAGAUCAUGAGCAGCAUACAGACUAUGAGGGCCCAGAUGCUCCACCUCCACGGCACCGGGGUCCAGGUGUGACGAGGGGGGCCUCCCUCCGCAGCCUCCCGCACAGGGGGAGGGCAUCAGGAGACACCCCCCGGAGAGACGACCCGGAGCUCGGAGCUCACUCAGGCACCACCGAGGAUAAUCAAUAAAGACAAAACGUUGUGCUUUUUUUUUUUUGGUCGUCGUCGUCUUCGUCGUCGUCUUCGCUCUUGUUCCGGAUCUUCGGAAUGAAAAAAAUCAUUCCUUUGUACUUUGGCAAAGGAUUUGCGAUCCCCCUCUCACUGAGAGCAGGUGGUGCUGCAGAGAGGACACCCAGAUGGAGAGAGACAGAGACACGUGGUUGACACGCGGUAGACACGGACGAGUGCAGGGCUCAGAGGGACUUUACUUGGAGACGUGUAUCAAGAGGAGACGGAGCUUCUGAAUACUAGUGUGAUGCUUUUUACCUUGUUUUUCUUUUAUCUUUAUGAUCUUUUAUGGGUUAUUUGUGCGACAUCAAUACAGAUUUUUGUAUUAAAUUAUGAACGAAGAACAAACACACAAAAAAACACAACAGAAAAAAAUAUCCUUAGAGUGGUUCAAAAAAUAUCUUCUUAGUUCUAUUUGCUUUGAUAUGCUGGCCACUCUGAUGUAGUGUGGUGUUAAUGGUACAUCUGCGUUUUGUUUAUUACCUAGUUUUCCCCUUUCCUUUGGCUUGAUAACAGGGUCAAAGUUCCCACAUGGGGAGGACGAUUCAGAGAUACUAUGAAAUGACCAGUGUGCCAUGCGUCACUCUAUCCAAUGAAGUAUUUGUUGUGAAUAGUUUCCACACGUUGUUAUUUUACCUUUCAGAUCGUAACAUUCAGUUUAGUUGCAACUUUACAGAGUGGUUUUGAUGGCGGCAUUUGACACACAUGGUCCCAUUUUGAAGGAACACAAGUCUUGAGCUGUGUUUGUUCGAGUAAUCCCUGGAGUUAUUACUAUACCAAUGUAGAGCUUCUGUUACUGUGAAAGCCCUGUGUUCAAGUAGUAACAUUCAUUUUGAUGUUUACCACAGAAUUAUUCCAUCAUGUGGAAUACACAGUAUCUUUCAGUUUUUCACUUAGAGAAAUGAAAUAGUUGAAUGAAAAGUUUUCAAAAAUAGCACUAAUUGUUUUUUGUUUUGUUAUUCAUUUUUAGUUUUUUUUUUUUGCUUGUUUGUUUUGUUUUUGUAUUUAGUGAAAUAUUUUGGCCACUAUAAUAAUACCUGAGAGCAAAAAAAAGGUCUUUCCCAUUUGUGAAUCUUUUCUGAAGGUGAAUCAAUGAAAAUGUUGAAGUAGUACUGCCUUAAUGUUCUAGUACAUUUACAAAAUGUUGCAAUUUUUGUGGGUGUUGAAGUGGCUGAAGUAUUUGUCAAUAUGGGCUUAAUUUCUUCUUUCUCAUGGCUGAUGGUUUUCCAGUUUUGAAACUUUUGUCCUGAACUUGAACAAAUUGAACCAAGCAUAGAACGACACGUUCGUUCGUUUGAGGAGUGUCAGGAAUGAGCUUGAAUAGGAUAGAGGAUGACCAAGCAGCAAUAACUUCCCCAGCUGGGAACGAGCCUCCUCCGCUUUAGUCAGGUGCUACGGUUUUUACAAAACAUACUUAAGAGCUGAAUUUCAGAUGACCUCUACCGAAUGCAAGGGUGCCUCGAGGAAGUUGUGGAACUGGGGUGGCUCUCCCGAAAGUAAAGAGAAGCAGUACUCCACUUCAAACUAUUUUAUGAGUCAGAUGGCAGGCCUUGUUGUUUACCCAUCCCCAUGGGGAUAUUAAGUGACUGCUGGGCUUUACUUGUUGUUUGAGAAUAUUCUCACCACUUAAAUUAAGGAUUUUUAAUUGUCUAGGGAGGACGAGGAUGAAAUGAUAAAAAUGUGGUGUGUUGUGCGUAGUCAGCUAAUCAACAGGAGAGCCACCACUGUUUCAUUCACGGUUUACCUCUUUCUGUCCAGGCCUUUGUGCAAUGUUAUGAUGCUAACAGUACCUCUGUGGUAUGAUGUGUCUUUUGAAAUUCUUGUUUGUUUCUUUUUUGUUGUUGCUCAUCAAUGGAUGGAAUUGUGUGCUGUCAACAGUUUUUGGUGCCAUCACAGUCUAUUGUAUUUACAACAAAUGAAUGUUUUGCUUAAUUUAGUGAUCAGCAUUGUGGUCCCUUGAUGAAUGGGUCAGCCAUUUCCUUCCAUUCAGUGAAACGUAGUUAUGUUAGUUAUUUUCCUUUCAGAAAAAUUGGAAAGCAUAACGUAGGUUCGUGUACGCAGUGUUAUUUAGAAAGCCCCAAAAGUGAGCUAUUCAUCUGACAUUACAGAAUGUCAUUUUAGGUAGAUCAGGGGCAGCAGUGCUUGUUCCCUUGUUCCCUUUUCCCCAAAAGAACUGACUGAAGCUGCAGGGUUUUGUUGUGACACUUUGAUAUUGUCGAUGACCCGCAAAGCAGCUUCUGCAGCCGCAGCGCAGGUUGGAAACAGUAGCUUGUCAUUCCCCCCCACGCCCCCCAUUUUCCAUUGUGCGCCUCUCCAAAGGGACUCUCCCCUUGUGUGGGUCCCUCUGCCCCUCUGCCCCGGAGCCAGGAGCCAGAUCAUGGCCAGCGCUCGGCCCGCCAGGGCUACAGAUCCACUCGCUCUCCAUACAGCAAACCUCAGCAGUUGGGCCCCUGCCAGCCCUUUGAAUUGAACAGUGGCGUAAAGGCAUUCAGUCAGCACAAAGCCCAGUGGUGCACCAGUCAGUCUCGUCACUCUACCCUUCAACCGCCACCCCCCCACCCUCCCCUUCCCCUCCCCACCACAGAGCACGGAUCCCUUCCAGCCCGCCCCGCUGGGUCCCCAGGCCCAGCCACUAGGCCCUUCCCUCCGUAUGGAUUUGGGUUCCUGUAGAGACAGCAAUUUUGGGCCAAAUUGAGAUUAAAAGCCAGAUUCAAUCAAUCCACCUCCCGAGACAUCCUGACCCUUCAAUGACAGAUACACUCACAAUGUUGUUUUAAAACCCGCUUUCUUAACUCACACUGGCAGCGUGGUGGAAAUCAGGAACUGGUCAUCGGGACAAAAUAAAAAAAUUUGUCUAUGAUGGAGGGAUUGACUUUUGGUGGGAUGAACACGGUGUUAUAGAUUUUCUUUUUUGGAAAGAAAAGUGUUGAAAAGCCCUUUAUGGAAAGAGACUGAUGAUUCCAAAGAGUUCAGCACUGUUGAUUGUGUGAGGAAGACCACAGAGAUCAGAGGGAAACUUUGUAUAUGUUCGAAUUGUAAAACUUGUACAUUUUAUUUAUAAUGUUGUUUUUUACACACAUUACUCUGUAGUGAGUUCUGAAUACAUUGAAAAUGCACUAUAUUUUUCUAUCUCACUCACAGAAGAUUAUUGUCUCUCCGUUUCAGUUGUACAUACUUUUUCAUUUAGGACCAAAGACAGAUGAUAGGUUUUCCAUUUAGAUUUUUAUUUUGUUUUUAUUUUGUCUUUUAGGUUGAUGUACAGUGAUGCGGAUUGUCGAUUUAUUAUUUAUUUUUUCUGUGAUGAAAGUAUUGAGAGUAUUCACUGGUCAAAUGUAUUUUCUCCAACUGCAGAAUUGUAAAAUCAUUUACCUAGAUAAUUUCUUGUUACAUAGACAUUUCUUUUUGCUUUGUAAUCUUUGUAAUAGACUGUACAUAUAUUUUUGGAAAAUAUAAUACAAUCUAUA